AAAUUGAACGUCGUUUUGACCAUCAGAAGAAACGACGCCAUUUAUUUUCCCUCUAACUCUUGCCACGAAGACUGAAACAGCAGGCAUAACAUUUCGGUGAAGCUCCGAAGACUGAGGAACAGAAAUUAGUAGAAUGGCGCACGUUAGCAUGGGGGAGGCGCACCGUAGAAUCGCGGACUACCUGAACCGUUUCGCCGACGCCGUUUCGUACCAGGACGGAGCAUCUCUGAAGAAACUCCUCUCUCUCUCCUCCAACUCUUCCUCUCUCCUCUCCCUCGCCGACGCCCUCGCCGUCUUCCACGACUCCAAUCGCCUGAUCAAGCAAUCCGACAAAUUCUCUCACCUCGCUGAGAUUCUCCUCCCUCUCUUCCGCGCUCUCCACAGCUACCGCAUCGGAAACCUCGUCGACUCCUACCAAUCAUAUGAGAAAUCGGCCAAUGCUUUUAUUCAGGAGUUUCGGAAUUGGGAUUCGGCGUGGGCUUUGGAGGCCUUGUAUGUCGUUGCUUAUGAAAUUAGGAUUCUCGCGGAGAAUGCUGAUAGGGAAUUGGCUUCAAAUGGAAAACUUCCUGAGAAAUUGAAGGCUGCUGGUUCUUUCCUCAUGAAAGUCUUUGGUGUUCUUGCUGGAAAAGGCGCAAAACGUGUUGGAGCAUUGUACGUGACUUGCCAGCUCUUUAAGAUUUACUUUAAGCUUGGUACAGUUCACCUUUGCCGCAGUGUGAUAAGAAGUAUUGAAACUGCUCGGAUAUUUGAUUUUGAGGAAUUUCCAAAAAGAGAUAAGGUCACCUACAUGUAUUAUACAGGCCGUCUGGAAGUUUUCAAUGAAAAUUUCCCUGCUGCUGAUCACAAAUUAUCAUAUGCUUUGAAGCAUUGCAAUCGCCAAAGUGAAGCAAAUAUUAGGAUGAUAUUGAAAUACCUCAUACCAGUAAAGCUUUCAAUAGGCAUCUUACCGAAGGAUUGGUUUUUGGAGAAGUACAACUUGGUUGAGUAUAGAAAUGUUGUACAAGCUCUAAAAAGAGGUGAUCUCCGUCUCCUUAGACAUGCCCUACAAGAGCAUGAAGACCGGUUCUUAAGAUCAGGUGUAUAUCUCGUCCUAGAGAAGCUCGAACUCCAAGUCUACCAAAGACUGAUGAAGAAAAUUUACAUAAUUCAAAAGCAAAAGGAUCCAAACAAAGCCCACCAACUGAAAUUGGAAAUAAUUGUCAAAGCGUUGAAAUGGCUUGAGAUGGACAUGGAUCUCGAUGAGGUAGAGUGUAUCGUGGCGAUACUAAUAUACAAGAAUCUCGUAAAAGGCUACUUUGCUCACAAGAGCAAAGUAGUGGUUUUAAGCAAGCAAGAUCCUUUCCCUAAAUUAAAUGGAAAGCCAGUUAAUUCAUAGAAUUAUUAACAAAAAAGUAAAACUUUAGUAUUGCUAUUCAGAUGGCUUAGGCUUGGGUAGUUCCAUUAGAUGAAGCGUUUGUUUCGGAUUAGGUAAGGCGGUCAAAUCGUCCUGCGAUUUAAGGCUUCUUAUAUAGUUGAUGCAAAAAACCCAGCUUCAUUUUUGUCGUUAGUUUGAAAUUAUCAGUAUCCUUGUGUGUUUUUCUCAGAUCUGGAAUAUAUUAACUCGUGUACUCUGCAACUUCUUUUCUCGCGCAUAGAUUAUUCAAAUCAUAGUGAUUAGGGCCUGAAGGUGAAACUGGUCAAGAACAAACUUGGUGCAGCCAGUAAAUGUUAGAAGAACAAAAAUAGGGUCUGGUGGUUUGAUUGAGGAAG